CCUGCGCAGGGACUGGCUCUCCCGCAGCCAUUUUCUGUCCAACCAAACGGCCGAACUGAGGCGAGAACCAACCAGGGCUUCAUCGCAGAUGGACGGAGACAGUUCAACCACAGAUGCCUCCCAACUUGGCAUGACAGGAGAAUAUAUGGCUAGUAGCCAUUUUGUUCUACAUGCUCAGGAUGAUGAAGGUGAUGAUGGGCUCAACGACCAUGAGGAUGGUAAUGAAUGCAAAGACAACCUACGGGAACAAGACAUCUAUCUCCCCAUCGCCAACGUUGCCCGAAUAAUGAAGAAUGCAAUCCCACAAACUGGAAAAAUAGCUAAGGAUGCGAAGGAGUGCGUGCAGGAGUGUGUGAGCGAGUUCAUCAGCUUCAUCACUUCAGAAGCCAGUGAGAGGUGCCAUCAGGAGAAACGCAAGACAAUAAAUGGCGAAGACAUCCUGUUUGCAAUGUCCACGCUGGGUUUUGACAUGUAUGUGGAGCCCCUUAAGCUCUACCUGCAGAAGUUCAGAGAGGCCAUGAAAGGAGAGAAAGGCAUAAGCACUGUAACUGUAACUGAAGGUAUGGGAGAUGAGCUGACUGAUGAGUCUUUCGCAAAUCCACUACCUGCAGGGAUCAUAACAGCUGACGGACAGCAACAAAACGUGAUGGUGUACACCACCGCUUAUCAGCAGAUCCCAGGCGUGCAACAGCUCCAGUUUUCUUGAAGAUGUGCAGAAAUCAACACCUAAAGUUCACAAAUCAAACUUCCACACACAAGUGAUGAUGAUGAUCAUGAUGAUGAACGGUGAGUCUGUUGAAGGGGUCAUCUGUGGUCUUCUCGUGCUCACAAGUCACAGAGCCGGACAUCUUUUGUUUGUUUAGCUUGUUUUGUGUGUGCUCUGUGUGUUUGUGCACACACUUUAUGAUUUUAAGUGACUAGUCUGUUGGGUGUUACUUUUCUUUGCGUUUUCAUCACUCAUUUUAUCUAUUUAAUGAAUUAUGGGUAGAAGGGUCCUGAGGGGUUUUAUAAUGAAUUCAAGCCCUCAUUAAAGCAAUAAAACAGAUCAAAUGUGAGGUCUUCCUGUGACUUAAAGGAAUAAAUGCUUUCUUCCUUCUUUUAUACUCAAUUAAAAAUCAUGCUGCAUGUGCGAUUUCUGUUUGAUGAGACGAUAACACUUUUCUUUUUGUAAAAAAGGAAUAUUUUUGUGAAUGUUUUUCCUUGUUUUAUGAAUUUGUAUUAAUGCUAACUACUCAACAUGGAGAAUUGAUUUCAAAGAGGUUUACAUUUAUUUAAAUCAAAAAAUGAAUUGACUUUUUCAAUGUUGCCCAUUGUAAGACAAUGACUUUGGUUAUGAUUAUGAUCUCACAUU